AUGCCGGUCGUGGUGAAAUGCAUCUAUCGGCUCUUUUUCCAUAAGCUUGCAAAGUUCCCAGAACCAAUACUUGCGAAAUGUAGUUCAUUCUACUUUCUGUAUUAUAUCUGGACAGGCUACUUCCCUCAGCAGUGCGAAAGGCUAUUCAAGAAGUACAACACCGAUGUUCUGCGAGUGGCCCCAAAUCAGCUUGUCUUUAACGACCCCCGCUCAUUGAAGGACAUCCCGGGACGUAGCGAUGUUUAUCGGGGGGACUUCGCCCUACGUGUGAUUGGGUUUUCGGCGGUCAACGUGAGCAACAUUCGGGAUCCUGGUGAGCAUAGACGAAAGCGUCGUGUCAUGGCCCCUGGAUUUAGCAACACCGCCUUAACAGCACAAGAGCCGCAUAUUGUCGCACCCAUCGUGGACAAGCUGAUUUCGAAAAUACGGGAGACGGAAGGUGGAACUGUGAACCUUGCAGACUACUUUGAUUGCGCCACGACCGACAUUAUAGGCGCCCUAUCCUUUGGGGCGAACUUCGGCAUGCUGGAUCAACUACAGAAUCAUCCAUUUCUGCAUGUCCUGCCAAACGUGCUUCGCCUUUCAGUUAUUGCGCAAUGUAUUCCAGAAGUAUUCCGGACCCUUUCGUGGGCGAACAAUCAGCCUGGCCUUCAAUGGACUGUACCAAAGCCAAUGCGAAAAGUCCCUGACUUCGCUGGCUAUCAUCUCGCCGAACGCAAGAAAAGAGAUGCGCAGGAACUUGAUAAAUCCGGGCGUAAGGACAUUAUUAGCAUAAUCGAGGCAGGCAAUGAGAAGUAUAAGGGCCAGGAAGGCUAUAUACAGCUCGGAAAGACAGAAAUGCUAGGAGAGGCGACCACUCUAGUGACAGGCGGUGGCGAUAAAGUCGCAACUGCGCUCACCAUGACCAUGUACUUAAUUGGGCAACACCCUCCCGUCUACCAACGAUUAGUCUCGGAAAUACGAGCGACCUUCGAUUCGUCAGAGAGCGUUUCUAGCACGACUGCCGCAACCAAACUACCAUAUCUGGACGCAGUGCUCAACGAGACAAUGCGAAUCUCUCCAGUCCUCCCAGGCCCAAUGUGGCGACGUACGGAUCACAGCAUUCCAGUAGCAGGCUACGUUGUCCCUGCUGGUACAGAGCUUGGCGCCAUGAGGUACAACAUCUUCCGUCACCCUAAGGCUUUCCAUGAUCCGGAUACAUUCAAGCCAGAGCGAUGGUUGAGCGACAUGGGAGAUGACUUAGAAGCCAGUCAGCCAUUCGGCGUCGGUCCACGCACGUGUAUUGGACGGAAUAUUGCGUGGAUGGAGCUGAGACAUAUAAUGUGCAAGCUAAUAUGGAACUUCGAUUGGGCCCCGGUCACGAUCAAUUAUCAAAACCCGGAAUACCUUGUCCAGUACCGCGGGCCAAUGCAUAUGGCAGCGUCUUCACGGAAGAGCAGCUAG